AUGUUCAACCGUUGCACAAUAGAUGGCGUUAUUGUAGCUACUCAGCGUCCUUCGUAUAAACCAAACACAACGAUGUUGUUUUCUCUUUCUGUUGCGUCACGAUGUUAUUCAAGAAUUUUACUUUUCUUAGAAUAUCUAUCUAUCUAUCUAUCUAUCUAUCUAUCUAUCUAUCUAUCUCAGUCUGUUCAUAUAUUAUCUGUCUCAGUCUGGAAAGAUCUAUCUUUCUGUUAUCCUUCUCCUCUAUCUCUCUAUCUAUCUAUCUUCUAUCUAUCUAUCUUUUAUAUAUAUCUUUCUCUCAGAAUAUCUAUCUAUCUAUCUAUCUAUCUAUCUAUCUAUCUAUCUAUCUAUCUAUCUAUCUAUCUAUCUCAGUCUGUUCAAUCUGUCUCAGUCUGUUCAUCUAUCAUCUAUCUCUAUCUAUCUAUCUAUCUCAGUCUUCAUACACACAACACACACAUAAUAUCUAUCUCAUCUAUUAAUAUCUAUCUAUCUCUAUCUAUCUAUCUAUCUAUCUAUCUAUCUAUCUAUCUAUCUAUCUAUCUCAGUCUGUUCAUAUACAUCUCUCUCUAUCUAUCUCAGUCUGUUAAUAUCUAUCUAUCUAUCUAA